AUUUUUCAUUUGACUAUUCUAUUUAGUUAUUUAUUUAUUUUCUUGGCCAACUCUUGCUUGGCUCCGACUCCAAGGAAACUCUAGAUUGUUUAUCACCGCGUUGAACCCUUAAAUCAUAUUUGAGGUAGUCCCGUUCUCAUUCCCGAACAUUCUCCGAAAUUCGCUUUCUUCAGCCUUUCGUUCUCUCUCUGUCUCUCCCUCGUCUCUUCCCGUCAAUGAGUUACGAUUACAGGAACAGAGCAAAUCAGCCGUACGAUUCUCAGAUCCCAAUGUACAAAACCACCACAUCUUCAUCUUCUUCCGCACCAGGCCAUCAGUUGUACGGAGCUCCUAUGUAUCCUAGGGUUAGUCAACCCUCGUUCGGCGCCGUUCCUCCCCCCGGCCGUGCUUCCUCUUAUCAACAGACCUCUGCACCUUCCUCGUCUCCUGGAUUGGGCAUUAGAGUUGUGAUCAAACCAGAAUUUCGGAUCUCUCCUCCGCCUCAAUUAUCACCACAAGUGGGAGAGAUUCCCCGGAGCACUUUCCAGUUUGACUUUGAUCUCGAGAAAAAGAUAUUAGCUGAAGCAGAGAAGGACAGCCAAAAUUGGAGCAGGCUUGGGUUGGAGAAUCUUCCGUCAAAAGCUUUAGAAUCAACUCCAUCAAUGGGUUCCACUGCAGAUCCUGUGGUGAGCAAAUACAUUGCAUCUGGGCUUAGUCGAGAAGCUGUUCCUCUUGCUGUUGCCAAUUAUGGAGACAAUGAAACCAAGGUUCGGGAAUUUACCAAUGGCUACACCCUCCUGCGAGAAAUGGGAUUCUCAUCAAGCAAUGUUGCUGAAGCUUUAGUCAUGUAUGACAACGACACCGACAAGGCUCUUGCGCAUUUCCUUAACAGCUCAUCCUGAGAGAUCAGAUGGUCUUAUAUUAUAUAUGGUAUACAUCCACACCGAGUAAGAGGUUCUAUGGUAUUGUACAAAUAGUGUGUUUAUAUUUUACUCAUCCAGAUUGGCGACACUACUUUUGUUUGUAAAAGAUGUUUGUUUUUAGGUUCCGUUUCACAAUACUAGCAGCUUGUCUCGAUA